AUGAACCUAUGUGUCAUAUAUUUUUAACAGAUGACUCAGUUCUUCUUAUUUUCGUGUUUAAUUGCGCAAAGCGUGGGAUUGUUUUUCGAUGCUGAACUUGAUAAGGGAUGGAGUGUAUAUAAAGUUAGAUAUGGUAGACAAUAUGAUGCAGUGGACAACAUUCAAAGGCGUGUUAUGUGGGAAAGAACCAUACAUUAUAUUCAAGCUCACAAUCUGGAAUAUUCACAUGGGUUGCACACAUACACUCUUGGUCCUAAUCAAUUUAGUGACAUGGCUCCUGAAGAAUUUUCAUCUCUUGUAAAUGGAUUUAACGAGUCUAUCGAACUAGAUCGGAACGUUUGUAGUGUGUAUGCACCACCGAAGGAUAUCACUUUAGACAAACUAAAUAAAACAGUUGAUUGGAGAACACAUGGUUAUGUCACCAAUAUAAAGGACCAGGGUAUGUGCCGAUCUUGUUAUGCGUUCUCUGCAACUGGAGCAUUAGAAGGACAACAAUACAAGACAAUUAGACAGCUUGUUUCAAUCUCUGACAAGAACAUAAUUGACUGCUCCUAUAAUCAAGGUAAUAAAGGAUGUGAUGGAGGUACUUUUAACAAUGCUUUCAAGUAUGUCAUGGAAAAUGGAGGUUUGGUAGCAGAAAAAUCGUACCCAUAUUUACCACGUGUCGAUAAAUGUAGUUUUGAAAAUAAAUAUGUAAUCGCAAAUAUGACUUCAUGCCGAAGCAUUCUUCCGAGUUCAGAGAGAGACCUUCUGAUUGCUGUUGCUCUUGAGGGACCGGUCUCCGUGGCAAUAGAUGCAAGUCAAAAAAGUUUUCAAAGCUACAGGUCUGGAGUAUAUGAUGAUCCAACAUGUACAAAUAAACUAAAUCAUGCUGUAUUAAUAGUCGGAUAUGGUACUGAAAACGGACAAGAUUACUGGCUUGUCAAAAACAGUUGGGGAGCACAAUGGGGCGAGAACGGAUAUAUCCGGAUAGCCAGAAACAAGAACAACAUGUGUGGAAUCGCCAAUAAAGCAAGCUUUCCUGUGAUGUAGUUUUUCUUAUGACACUCAAAACUAUAUCUAAAAGAGAACAGUUGAACUGAGACUCUAUUUAUUUGAACACUUUUAUGUGUAAUCCUUGAUCUGUAAUUAUAUAUUUUGUCUAAAAUUGAUACAUUUUGUUUCUAUGCCUGUCUGUGUGUGUAUUCAAUUAGGUGACAAGUUAUCUUAUUGCAAAAUGAUGAAAUAUUAGUAAAUGAAAGAAAGUACCUUACGUAUAACUUGUAAACCUAUUAGCAAAAAAUUUAAUUUCAUUUUAUACAUCUCCGUAAAUGAAUGUUAACUGAUAAAAUUUGAUAAAAGUAAAAUAUUGAAUGUUGGAAAAUAUGUGGCGGCCGUAUUUCACUCUCCCCGUAUUUCAAUCUCCCCUUGCCACGUGGUAGUGAUCUUAUGCAUGAUGAUGAAGCACAGCGACUAAAUGAAUGACGAAUGAUUCUAAAAACGACAAGUAACUGAAAAAUAAGAUUUAGCCCACGUUCCUAUAAGAUAAUAUCAUUUAUGUGUAAUGUUUCGAUCCAUUGAUACACUUUUGACCAGGUAGAUAUUUUCAAAAAUGUCCUCCAGGCCAUUUUGAUAUGACUGAUGCGUGAUACUUGUCCAAGUAUCAUUGUAAACAGUACCCGGAUGACAUUAAUCUGUAAACAAUGAAUAUCUAUCUGAAAUUUGCAUAAUAAGGUGGGUUCUGUUACCAAUCAUUAUGAAUGGGAUUGAGACAACAAGUUGAGAUUGUUUGGUGAUGUAUAUCUCUUUAAGAAAACGUAAUUCAACAGAAACAAACACAAUAAAGCGUUUCUUGA